UGGAUUCCCCACUGCAGCAACUCCCAGUCCAGGCAUCAGUGUUGAUGCUGCUGACAUCGCUGUGGUCGUCAUUUACUUUAUCUUCGUCAUGGUCGUAGGAAUCUGGUCAUCAGUACGAGCCAACCGCAGCACUGUAGGGGGCUACUUCCUGGCUGGCCGUUCAAUGACCUGGUGGCCUAUCGGAGCCUCCCUGAUGUCCAGUAAUGUCGGCAGCGGGUUGUUUAUUGGUCUCGCUGGAACAGGAGCAGCUGGAGGCAUUGCAGUUGGAGGGUUUGAAUGGAAUGCAGCCUGGGUCCUGGUGGCUCUUGGUUGGAUCUUUAUCCCUGUCUACAUCUCUGCUAGUGUUGUGACCAUGCCUGAAUAUCUGGCCAAACGCUUUGGAGGCCAGAGGAUACGCAUCUACAUGUCUGUCCUCUCACUCAUCCUCUACAUUUUCACCAAAAUAUCUACAGAUAUAUUUUCAGGUGCAUUGUUCAUCCAGGUGUCGUUGGGCUGGGAUCUCUAUCUGUCAACAGUCAUACUGCUGUUGGUCACCGCUGCUUACACUAUAGCAGGUGGUUUGGCAGCAGUGAUCUACACAGAUGCUCUCCAGACUGUGAUCAUGGUUGGGGGAGCCUUUGCAUUAAUGUUCAUUGCAUUUGACAGAGUUGGCUGGUACGAGGGCCUCGUGGACCAUUACAUGUCAGCUGUUCCCUCAGUGACAGUCCCUAACACCACCUGCCAUCUGCCUCGUAGUGAUGCCUUCCACUUAUUCAGAAACCCAGUGACGGGGGAUAUUCCCUGGCCUGGUCUGGUGUUUGGGCUCACAGUACUGGCUACAUGGGUGUGGUGCACAGAUCAGGUUAUAGUCCAGAGAUCUCUGUCGGCCAAGUCUUUGUCCCAUGCCAAAGCAGGCAGUGUGUUGGGAGGCUACCUCAAACUUCUGCCCAUGUUCUUCAUCGUCAUGCCAGGCAUGAUCAGCCGAGCUCUGUUCCCAGAUGAGAUAGGUUGUGUGGAUCCAGUGGUGUGUCAAAGUGUGUGUGGAGCUUCAGUCGGUUGCUCAAACAUCGCCUACCCUAAACUAGUGGUUGAGCUUAUGCCUUCAGGUCUACGUGGUCUGAUGAUAGCAGUGAUGUUAGCAGCUCUGAUGUCAUCUCUGACCUCCAUCUUCAACAGCAGCUCCACUCUGUUUACACUGGACCUCUACCACAGAGCCAGGCCGAAGGCUACGGAGAUGGAACUCAUGAUUGUUGGAAGGGUGUUCAUCCUGGUCCUGGUGUGUGUCAGUAUUCUGUGGAUACCAGUCAUCCAAACAUCCAACAGUGGGCAGCUGUUUGAUUAUAUCCAGUCAGUGACCAGCUUUCUAGCUCCGCCCAUUACAGCUGUAUUCCUCAUGGCUAUCUUCUGGCCACGUGCCAAUGAGCAAGGUGCAUUCUGGGGUCUGAUGGGUGGACUAGUGGUUGGACUGAUCCGCAUGGUUCUGGAGUUCUCCUACAUUGCUCCCUCCUGUGGUCAGCCUGAUAGUCGCCCUGCUAUCCUGGCUGAUGUCCACUACCUGUACUUUGCUCUCAUCCUGCUGGCUCUCACCUGCCUUGUGAUUGUUGCCGUCAGCUUGGCCACUGCCCCAAUACCUAAAGAACAUCUGCACCGGCUGACCUGGUGGUCCAGAUACAGCCGGGAGCCUCGUGUUGAGCUCACAGGACCCCCGCCAACUCCAGACCCAGCAGACUCCGAUCACAGCAGCAAGCCUGACCAUCCCUGGUGGCGGAGAGCUGCUUUGCGGUUCUGCGGUCUGACUGGUCCCAGCACUGGCUCUGCACCUCCAGUGGCGGAAACCAAUGAGCUGAACUCCCUGCAGGAGGAUCCUUUCUGGAGAAGAUUCUGCAACGUUAACGCUCUGCUGCUGCUGACUGUUAAUGUGUUCCUCUGGGGAUACAUGGCUUAAUGCACAGCAGUCAUGAAAUACUGAACACAAUGUUAUCACCAAGGUUAGAGUGCUGUAGUGCCAUUUGGUCCUGUGUUGAACAUGUUUGAAAUGAAAGCCUUGGUUCAGUGGAUACUGGUUAAAACAGUCAGUUGCUGUCCUGGAUCUGUAUUCUAUGAAACAACACUGUUUAUUUAGACAAGACAUCAAGUAGCUAAUAACUGAUCAUGAUGGAUUCUGAUAUAACCACUGACAAGGCCUAUGACGGACUUACAGGCGCUAAAAUCACUUUUUAAACACUGCCCUAUAUGAGUGGCACUCAUACACUUAUUCUUACUCACACUCUACUGAGUUCCACUCUAGUUAUGUUUAUGUUAAACUGAUGCAUUUCAGCAUCAAACCUUUGCCAAACAGAUCUCUUAGAACAAACUAAACUUGUAACAAACAACAAAAAGGUUCGCAAAAAACAGAUAACAGAAGCAGUUUAUGUUUAGACACAUUUAAAAAAAAUCUUUAUCCUUAAUAAUGCUGCAGUCCUCAUAAAGAUGUAAUUUGUCGAUCCAUGUGGCUUCCAUGACAGACAGGAUGUAGGCGAUGUCUGACCUUUUUAAGUGGAUAGGUUAUUGUUUGGAGCUCCAGGUAAGUGUCUAACCAGUUCACUUUCCCUUGCAAAUGGCAUAUCUGUGUUAUGCUGACCUGUCUUUGCAGACAUAUUUUUGUCAAUGUUUGUUAAAAACUCUGAUAUUCUGCUUUAACAAUAUUUCACUUU